CGUGGUUGCUAAGUGAUUACUUAGCAACGAACCGGAUUGUGCCAAACAAUCAGACACCGAGAGCGAAGACGCCCGAAAAAGAAAGACCAGUCGGAGACAGGAACAUUGUCUGAUCAACUCUACGCGGCGGCAGCAGGAUUUUAUUUUGACGCUUACUUCCAAGCCGAAAAAAUUAAGGAACAAUUUAUUUUUAUUCAUCGGAAAACAAGUCACCAGGAAACGAAAUCUCAAAAAUGGCCAACCUUACCAAUCUGACGUUCCUCUUUGUCGCACUCGUCUGUUUAUUCACAUCAGGAUGUUGCUCUGAUAGCGAUGAAGGCUCUGGAGAUAGUUCAGGUUCAGGAACUGAAUCCAUGUUCACCGAUGUCACAGAAGUCAUUACCGAAGUCGUGACUGAUGCCGAUGAACCAUCGGACAUCCAAGCAUUUGGUCUUGUAAUCACAAACGAUUUCUCUGAAUUCACUCUGGAUGUGGACAACAUUGUCACUUACAACGUCACAAUCAAGAACGUAGGAGGCACCGACAUCGCAGCUGGUAGCUCAGACCUUUACGAUAUCCUCAUCACUGUGAGCGACAACGCCGACCCGACGGCGAGCGGAGCAGAAACCAUGGACGUCACCCCUCUCCUGACAUCGGCCACCAACCUCGACGCCGGGAUCACAGCCGGAGAGACCAUCGUGAUCGAGAACGUCCACACCAUGAUCAACAUCCCCUCCGCAGACUGCUCAACCUACAUGUAUGACACUACUGGAUACGUCUGUGUACAGAUUUCCAAAGCGUCAGGGGCAUCUUUCACCGACGACAGCACGACCAAUAACUACUACUGUCUAUCGUUUGGUGAUGUUGUAGAUGGGUACACUGGAACGCUGGAAUGUUCAGCAUGUGUAGCUAAGAUCAGCCUUAUUGCUCUCCUUGUGUCAACGUUGCUGGCGUACUUCACUUCAUCGUAGAUAAUACAGGAACACAAAAAUACAAAACAUUCGAAAAAUAUUCGAACAAUAAUUAGGCUAGCCCUGAAUCAGUGUUUUAUUUACCGAACUGACGGUUCUUUGUCAGGAUCUAAACUUCUUCACGCACUGAUGACGUCAUCAGUGAUUUUGCUUGGCCUCGUACGGAAGAGAAACUGAAGUCAGGGCUGCUACUUUGCUGUUCGUCUAUUCCUCAAGAUGUCCGUCCAUCGCCGCGGAAGAAGCGAAAUUUCGAAAGGUUGUGACGACAUGCGAUGUUAACCAAUUGGGACGCUUUCAGGAGCUCAUGUGGUACAAUGUAUUCAAUAACACCGAUGAAGAAAACUAAACCAAGGAGCUGGCUCCCUCAUAUGCUUCAAAACCUAGUUAGUCGCCUGCCAAAAGAGGUGUUCAUGAUAGUUUAAAUGUAGUUUAAAUUUGAGCAAAAUUUCCCCUAGACAUGGCUCGACAUUUAGUUAUACUAGAAUCGCUUUUGGGUCAUCCAAACUUGGCUGAUUUAGAAUUUGUGAUCGCCCGAGGUAAAACUCAGUAUCCCAAAUCAAGAAAAAACAUUUCCCGCGUGUUUUGCGUGAUUUGUGUUUCCCAUCAAGCCCUCUAACCAUAAUACAGACCAUGACCGCCAGGUGUACAACCUCAGUACAUUUGUCUGCCCCGUCAGAAAUGAACAAUUAAGUUUGCCAUUAGACUUAUUUUAACUAUAUUUUCUGUUAGAAUUAUACAUGUAUGUAUGUUGUUUCAAAUAUUUGCCAGCACAACUAUGACUGUAAAAAUGAUUUUCACUGAAAUGUAUUGACUCUGUUAGUUAGGAAUUCAUUGUCAUGAUUUUAAUCGAAACCCCGAAGUCUUUCGUAUCCACUUCUGUUUUUACAGGCUCUUUUAAUUAGAUGAAAAGUGUAGAUUUUUUCGUUUUAUUGUUUUAUUGAUGACAUUACAAAGAUAAUGCAUUCUUUAUUUUGGAAGUGGUACAUUUGUGUGUGAUAAUGUACAGUGUAAAUAUUUGCAACGAAAUUGUAAAUAAAUAUAUUAUUUUAUCCUCUUUGUAUAUGAGCGAUGAACAGAAUUCAACGAAUAUGCCCACGUCAAUUUUAUACAACUUGUAAAAGGUCAUUUUUACUUGGUCAAAGCAAGAUUCCAAUGUUAUUACGAGCAUUAGAACAAACGCCUUACACAAAAUAUAGAACAGGCCCACCGUUGAUGAUCUUUGUAUGAGGCCUAAAAAAAAAGAUGUUGUGUUGCCCUUUAAGUGCCAAAACAUGGGUCGGUCGGGCGGAAAUCUUUUUUUUUUAAAUCUUUUUUUCUUCUCAGUUAUGAAUGCUUUGAUAUUUUGUUUCUCUAAAAAACGGUAUUUGUUUUUAUUUUUUAAAGCCGACCGUAGAUUUCAAAAAUUUUGGGUCGGUCUCAAAGGGCAAUACAACAUCUUUUUUUAAGGCAUAAAAUGGCGAGAUAUUGGUGUAGACAGGGCUUUGUAAUAAUAAUGUUCUGUCUCUAUUUUUGUAUUGAUAAUAAAAUUGUAUCCUGCGUUGGUUGCUUAGGAAAGCUAUUAAUCUGCUGGGAAUGACUGCUUGGUCGGGAAUCUUGCAAGCAUGACUGAGCAGACAAUUUAUUCUAAAAAUUGGGCUCUUCAAUGGCGUUGAUUGGGAGGAAGCUGGGGAAAGUAGAGGAAAACUUUACCAAUAACAAAGGGAAAUGUUUACAUAUCGUUAAUAAAAAGUUUGUAAUGUUAGAAAAGAAAGAAAUAUAAAAAGUGCGUUUACUUUUGUGUGGUUCUUUUAUAUGCAAUGAUAUAUAACAACAAUAAUAUUAAAGUAAUGAAUGAUUGAAUGGGCAAUAAAUGGAUGACUGUCUUACACAGCAA